GAUAAGGCAGGGCAUUGACUGUGACAACUUCCAUAAAUGGGAUGCAACAAAAUGGGAAAUUCUGAAUGACUGCAACCUACUGAAAGCAAUUCACCAUUUGAAGAGAGAUAUUUUGUACACUGGAUCCAGUGUACAAAAUAUCUCUUCUUCAAAUGGUGAAUUGCUUUCACUUUCUCCCGAUUUCACCUUCACCGAUCAUUGCCCUCUCUCGCUUUCGAUGAAGAGUGCCUUUCAGUGGGCAUUUUUCUUUGGAGGGGCACAAACUGCACAAAUGCAUUUUUGCUACGGGCGAGUUGACGCCUUAUCGUGCACUUGUCUAACUGGGCACGACCAGACUAUGAGCAAUGCUGAUCCGCCAGCAUCCACCAGAAUCGACAACUUUCAAUGCGAAAAAAGCGGAGGAGCGGCUUGGAUGCAUCUUUACGAUGACUUUGCCCAGACAGAUGCACCUAUUGUGCAGAACCAAGAUCUUAAGCCCGUCUAA